AUGCAGCUAAGUUACGAUAACUUACCUGAUCAUAUAAGACCAUGCUUCCUUUAUAUUUGGAUGUUUCCGGAGGAUGCAAGAAUUUCAGUAUCUAAAUUGAUAAGUCUAUGGAUUGCGGAAGGCUUCAUGCAGAACAUUGAAUCUGGGAGAUUAAUGGAAGAGGUAGCUGAACGUUACUUGAUGGAUCUCAUCCAUAGUAACAUGGUAAUGGUUUCAAAGAGAAGAUAUAACGGUAAGGUCAAGUACUGCCAUGUUCAUGUUCAUGAUAAUUUAACGAGGAUUACUAGUUUUGAAAGAACGGUUUUUGUCAUUGAGGAGAGCGCGAUAUCUGUGUUUGCAGGACUACCAAGUCCGCAGUGUCUCAAAUUAGUGGAUUUGGUUUAUAAGUCGUAA